AAGAGCCGAGAGUUGCUGUGGAAACCUCAGGCCUGAGCUCCCGGUUUGUUUACUGCAGGUCUUUUGCAGUGUGUGCUCGCAGUGAUGGCGUCCAGGAGGUUCUUCGUUGGAGGGAACUGGAAAAUGAACGGGAGUAAGGACACUCUGGGAGAACUCAUAACCACCCUCAACACGGCUUCUCUCAACGAGGAAACAGAGGUGGUGUGUGGAGCUCCAUCAAUCUACUUGGACUAUGCCAGAUCCAACCUGGACCCCAAGAUUGGUGUGGCUGCCCAGAACUGCUACAAUGUGGCCAAGGGGGCAUUUACUGGUGAGAUCAGUCCAGCAAUGAUCAAGGACUGUGGUGUUGACUGGGUGAUUCUUGGUCAUUCUGAAAGGAGACAUGUGUUUGGUGAAGAUGAUGAGCUGAUUGGCCAGAAGGUGGCCCAUGCUCUGGAGAGUGAUUUGGGAGUGAUUGCAUGUAUUGGUGAAAAGCUGGAGGAGAGAGAGGCAGGAACCACAGAAGAGGUGGUGUUUGAACAGACCAGAGUUAUUGCAGACAAUGUGAGUGACUGGAGUAAAGUAGUGUUGGCAUAUGAACCUGUCUGGGCUAUUGGCACUGGCAAAACUGCCACACCUGAACAGGCCCAGGAGGUCCAUGAAAAGCUGAGAGCAUGGAUGAGAGAGAAUAUCUCAGAGGAUGUAGCUGACUCUGUGCGCAUCAUUUAUGGAGGUUCUGUGACUGGGGGCAACUGCAAAGAACUUGCAGCCCAAGCUGAUGUUGAUGGCUUCCUAGUGGGCGGAGCCUCCCUUAAGCCUGAAUUUAUUGACAUCAUCAAUGCACGGGAAUAGAGGAUGUUUUGUUGAGUCACGGAAUGAUCACAGGCUCCAAUUGCAGCAUAUUUACUGUAGGUACAAAACCCUAACCACUUAUAAGUAAAUCUGUAAGUGAGUGUGAUAAUAGUAACUGUGCACUGCCUAUUGGUUGAGCGUUAGCCUGCUGUUUUGCUUGAAGGAGUUCACUCCCAAAUCUCCCAGCAGAGGAAGUGUCAGGAGGGGGAGUUAAGUGUGUUGAAUUACUACUUAGCACUCACUCACUUUUUUCCCCAAUAUCCACAUCCAGGCAUCUUUGCCACUGGAUGAAGUUCCUUCCCUACUAGCUUUAGCAUUUUUAGCUAUAUUCUGUGCUAGCUUAUAUGUAAUUCAAUGUGCACUGCUUGAUCUGCAGAGAUAUACUGGAAAGGUCCACACAAGAACAGCAUUUUCAUAGUGUCAGUAUACUGUGCACUGAUGUUUUUUUUUGUAUAACUGGCCCUCCUGAAGUGCAGUCCUGGUCCUUUCUUUUCAUUCUGCUGCUCUCAAUAAGGGCUGGCUGAGUGACAUCUAAAUGACUAUAACUGUUCCCAUUCAACUGUAACCAUUCAAGCUGCCACUUUCUAAUGUUUGUACACUCCUAGGUCAGAAAAAGAACUUCAAACUGCGUUCCCUGUGUCUAUCUGUCUUUUUCUGAAGUGCGCAACUAGGUGCUUCUCAGAAAUGAGCUGAAAACACGUGGCUUUAAGAACAUGCUAGUCUAAAGAGAUGAGAGCCAGUCAUUAUACGUCAGAACUUUCACUGACGCUCGGGUUCCAUUUUCCUGCCUGAGUCUCUAACUGAUAAUUACAGCUGACAAGUGACACUUGAGUGUGUUUUUUUUCGCAGUCAGACACUUGUAAUUACAGUUAUUCUGCCCGGGCUUGAAUGCAGCACAAAAUGUAGUUUUCUGUCACCUUUUCAGCCCAUCUGGCUACCAGUUAUUAGGAGGACAAGAAGUGCGCACUAUUCGCAACAUACAGAAUGGAGUCAUUGCACUACAUCCAACUGUAAUCAGACAAUACUUGAAAUCACAUUCCCUCAGCUCAGACUGUUGAUGUGUAACUGAAAUAAACUC